AUGCGUUUUCUAUCUGGCACGGGCUAUAACAAAGGCUUUUGGGUGAGGAGAUUUGAACAGAUAGGCCUUAUAAUGAGAUGGGUGAAGUAUCAGAAUGGGCCUAAUUCAAUGAAUAACCCAAUAAAUGAGUUAAAUGGAGACUGCCGUAUUGCUUAUAUACAUGUAGCAUCUUCAGAGAACAAGAAUGGGAAGAAGCAGGAAAGCGUACAGAAUGGUCAGCUUGUGUUCAAGGAUUAA